UUUGGUCAUCCUACCUCUCUAUAGCAGAGGUAUAACAGAAAAUAUUUAUUUUAAAUAUCUUAUUAGGCUAAGAAUGCCUUGGCCCAUGCAGUGCAGUCUGCUCGCCAUGAUUCUGAUCUGCUGAGGGAGCAGUAUGAGGAGGAGCAGGAAGCCAAAGCCGAGAUGCAGCGUAGUCUCUCCAAGGCAAACUCUGAGGUGGCUCAGUGGAGAACCAAGUAUGAAACUGACGCCAUCCAGAGGACUGAAGAUCUGGAGGAUGCUAAGAAAAAACUUGCUCAGCGUCUACAAGAUGCAGAAGAGGCUGUUGAAGCAGUCAAUGCUAAAUGCUCCUCUCUGGAGAAGACCAAGCACAGGCUGCAGAAUGAGAUUGAAGAUCUCAUGGUUGAUGUGGAGAGAUCCAAUGCUGCUGCUGCUGCUCUGGACAAGAAGCAAAGAAACUUUGACAAGGUCCUAGCUGAAUGGAAGCAGAAAUAUGAGGAGUCUCAGAGUGAGCUGGAAAGUUCCCAGAAGGAAGCCAGAUCUCUGAGCACUGAACUUUUCAAACUUAAGAACUCUUAUGAGGAAUCUCUGGAUCAUUUGGAGACCAUGAAGAGAGAGAACAAGAAUCUCCAAGAGGAGAUUGCUGAUCUCACUGAGCAAAUUGGUGAAAGUGGAAAGAACAUUCAUGAACUAGAGAAAGUUCGUAAGCAGUUGGAGCAGGAAAAGUCUGAAAUUCAAGCUGCAUUGGAAGAGGCGGAGGGCUCCCUUGAGCAUGAAGAAGGAAAGAUCCUCAGAGUUCAGUUGGAAUUCAGCCAAGUCAAAGCUGACAUUGAACGUAAGCUGGCUGAAAAAGAUGAGGAGAUGGAGCAGGCCAAGAGGAACCAGCAGAGAGUGGUGGAUACCCUCCAGAGCUCACUUGAGUCAGAGACUCGCAGCAGGAAUGAAGCCCUCAGACUGAAGAAGAAGAUGGAGGGAGACCUCAAUGAGAUGGAGAUUCAGCUCAGCCAAGCGAACAGGCAGGCAGCAGAAGCCCAGAAACAACUCAAGGGUCUUCAUGGACAUCUCAAAGAUGCCCAACUGCAGCUGGAUGAUGCUCUUCGAGGUAAUGAUGAUCUCAAAGAGAACAUCGCCAUUGUGGAGAGACGCAACAAUCUGCUGCAGGCUGAACUGGAUGAGUUGAGAUCCCUGGUGGAACAGACUGAGAGAGGAAGGAAACUGGCUGAGCAGGAACUGCUGGACGUCAGUGAGAGGGUUCAGCUGCUGCAUUCUCAGAACACCAGCCUGCUGAAUCAGAAGAAGAAGCUGGAGGGAGACAAUUCUCAGCUCCAGUCUGAGGUUGAGGAGGCUGUGCAGGAGUGCAGGAAUGCUGAGGAAAAAGCCAAGAAGGCCAUCACUGAUGCUGCCAUGAUGGCAGAAGAGCUGAAGAAGGAGCAAGACACCAGUGCUCAUCUGGAGCGCAUGAAGAAGAACAUGGAGCAGACCAUCAAGGACCUACAGCACCGUCUGGAUGAAGCUGAGCAGAUAGCCAUGAAGGGAGGCAAGAAGCAGGUCCAGAAACUGGAAGCCAGGGUGAGAGAGUUGGAAAACGAGGUGGAGAUAGAACAGAGAAAGGCGAGUGAGUCUGUGAAAGGAAUCCGUAAAUAUGAGAGACGCAUCAAGGAGCUCACCUAUCAGACUGAGGAGGAUCGUAAGAAUCUGGCUCGACUGCAGGACCUGGUGGACAAACUCCAACUGAAGGUCAAGUCCUACAAGAGAGCUGCAGAGGAGGCGGAGGAACAGGCCAAUUCUAAUCUGGCUAAAUUCCGUAAACUGCAGCAUGAGUUUGAUGAAGCAGAGGAGAGAGCUGAUAUUGCUGAAUCUCAGGUCAACAAGCUGAGAGCCAAGAGCCGUGAUACUGGAUCCAAGAAAGGGCACGAUGAAGAGUGA